AUGUCUCAAAACAAGAUCGAAGCCCCAAAGAAGGUGGUUGUAGCCACAGCUGCGGCUCAACAAGGUGACAACAUAGCACAUGCAUUGGCUGGCGCUGGUGGUGGUAUCCUCUCGAUGAUUCUAACCUACCCUUUAAUCACACUUUCAACUCGGGCACAGGUGGAAUCGAAGCGUGCACAUUCUACAACUGCUGAUGCAAUACGGCGUAUUGUGCAGCGGGAGGGCUUUAGUGGACUCUAUUCGGGUCUUGAGUCUGCCCUCUUUGGCAUAAGCGUCACUAACUUUGUCUAUUACUACUGGUAUGAAUGGACGCGUUCAGCCUUUGAGAAAGCAGCCAUUAAAGCUGGUCGAGCUUCGAAGAAGCUUACAACAGUUGAAUCCAUGAUCGCAGGAGCUAUUGCUGGGAGUGCGACUGUGUUGAUUACUAACCCUAUCUGGGUAGUGAACACUCGCAUGACAGCUCGCAAGUCUGACCAGGAGGACCCGACUUUGUCCAGUACUUCUGCCAAACGGGCGUCUACCAUCAACACUUUGUUGGACUUGCUGCGAAUAGAAGGCCCCAAAGCUCUUUUUGCCGGUGUAUUUCCGGCCCUGGUCCUUGUUAUUAACCCCAUUCUGCAAUACACUAUUUUCGAGCAGUUGAAAAAUGUAGUGGAACGUCGAAGGCGCAUGACGCCGAAAGAUGCAUUUUACCUUGGUGCUCUGGGUAAAAUAUUGGCCACCUCUAUCACUUACCCGUAUAUCACAGUCAAAAGCCGAAUGCAUGUUGCUAGUCAAGAUGGUCCUAGAGAGAGCCUGAACGGAAAUAUGCCCAAACAAUUUUCAGAUACGAUACGCCGGGACUUUAGCUCUAGACCUGCAUCGAAUUACGGACAUGCGGGAUAUGACGACCCUUCCAUAAUCGAAGAAGCAGAGAAUUUACUCUCACAAUUUAUGAGACAUCCGUCUCAUAGAAGCCGGACAUCUCAGGUAGAGAGGUGUAGUAGCUUACAAAGGCAUAUCAGCACGCCCAAUACUCCAGUUCCUUUUAGUGGUGGUGAUCUUGAUUCAGUCAACAAUUGGUCGCACACCGUCCCCGAGGAUGCUACUCUUGAGAUAUCGCCAAAGAAGCAUGACGCCCUGAUUCAAAGAUCAGCAACAAACCACCUACAAACACGCCAUAACCAUUGGUUUAAGAACCCCCAGGGUCCUGCCAAUUCAGAAUCAUCUCGUGAGAAAGUGAUGCGGAAUCACGACUGUGCAGUUGCUAUACCUACGAAUGGCAAAAGAAAGUCGUAUGGAAACGAAUCCGUUGAAUCGUCAGCAACAGGUCAAAAUAUGUCAAAGAUGGCAGGGAGAAGACGUUCUGGACGCCCCAAAUCUGGACCAGCCAAUUACCAUGUGCCAAUACACCUCCAUGGUGUGGACUCUGAGGAGGAAUCAGAAUGCAACACCGUUAAAUCUUCAAUGAACACUGAAUCACCAUCUCAACGUUGCAAACCAGAUAUACUGUCCCCUGACAUGCAAAACUGCGUAAUCUACUCUUCUCCAGAAGUACAAAUAAUAAAAUCGCGCUUCAAAAAAGUGACUGAUCUCAAGGGCCUGGAACAUGCAUCUUAUUCCCCGGAACGAAAUCCUGCAUACUAUGUUCCAAAAAAAUUCGUCGAGAAUGCUGAAAUUAUCCUCCAUGUCGACUUCGAUGAAGAAGAAAUGCUAUCUGUGAUAAAUUUGCUGUCACUUUGUGGAUUACGGUGGACCCCAUGUUCGGAAAUUGCACUCAGUGAUCAAAUUAUACAAGCAAUCUCAAACUUCAAUAUUCCCGAUGGAUUCAGCAUGACAAUUUCGCGGAUGCGUAAACUUUCUCGAACGCUUAAAAACGAAGGAGUCACGGACAAGAAUGCAUGGAUUUUAAAACUUUUGACGACAUAUCCAGAUCCAGAUAAAAAGGAGCUUAGACAUGCCAGGAGCCGUGUCAUAAAAAUUCUGGGACAACGGGAAUGGAUGUCCAACGGACAGCACGGUUAUCAAAUGGAUGAAAUCCAUAGGUUGGGGGCCUGUUUGCCAUAUGCUUCUAUACUGAGCCGACGCCAUUCCAAAGACGUUGAUGCAUUUCUCAGGGACGCUAGAAGUGGCUGCCUACCGUCGGUUCCAUGUAUAGUCAAAGCUAUAUUUACCAAUAGCAAUUGCCUAUCAACCGGCCGCAGGCUUUCCCAGAGCUCAACUCUCAACAGACUACUGCAAUAUCGGGAAUUGGGAUGCAGUGUUAACAAAGAAAUCAGUUCUGGAGUUACAAAUAACUUCAAAUUAUCGAAAACAUGGAAAGGAGCCUCAAAUGAUGUGAUGGCACUGGCUUGGUCACCCGAUGGAACCAAGUUUGCUGCUGGUGCAACGGCUCAAUGUGAUCGGCAUAACAUGGAGUAUAACAGGGGUAAUAAUUUGGUCCUUGGAGAUCUUACUCAGAACUCUUUGGAAGAAUUACCUGAUCAUUACAUUAGUAGACCUGAAAGAAGAGGUGCAAGCGGUAUAAGAAAUAAUGCUAGACUCUUUAUGACCGUCACCGCUGUCCGAUGGUUUGAUGAUGUCUUGCUCACGGGGAGUUAUGACAGAACAGUUAAACUGUGGGAGUUCGCCAACGGCAGGGCUUCAUGUUACAAAACACUUCAUCAUGAUACAAAAGUCCUAGUCAUGGCUCGUUCGAACUUUGAGCAGAAUGUACUCGCGACUGGUACACGCUCCAUUGGUCUGUGGAACAUGAAGGAAUCAGAAUACACUCCUCUCGGAAUAAACAAGCAUCGCUCCAGGAAGGAUAUUAAAUUGGUUCCAACUUCUUUAGCAUGGGGUACAGUUCCAUCUACAAAGGAUAUCUUGGUUGCUGGAAUGUCUGAGAAAGAUGACGGUGUCUCUCAGAAUGGUCUUCUUGCAGCCUGGCAAGUCAGAGAAGGGGGGGGGCAACUCCUUUACAAUUAUCACCCAACUCUCAAAAUAUAUUCGACAUCAGGUGGCAUCCAAGCUCGGAAGCCUUUGUCACAGGGAGUUCCACGGGGCAAAAAAAGAAUGGAUCUGUUGUUCGUCAGUAUGAGCCACUGA